UAAACAAAUAAACAUGGAAGUGUAGACGAAAAGAAUAAACAUGGCAGGAAACUAACAAUCGAAGAAACUAUUUAUACCGAUAACGGAAAAACAAGCUAAGUAAUAUUUACAUUCCUAGCCUUAAGGACAUACAUUGAUAUCGAAGUCACACCUCCAAUGGCACUUUCUGAGGCAUUUCCCGGCGAUGGUCGAAGGUCGACAAAGGCAACACCAGUCAGACGGUGCCGAGAGUCCGAGCGAGGAGUGCCAGUGCCAGGGUCUUCGCGAUGGACAGGCGGCGCCCCUUCGCAGUCCUGAUCCUUUUCUAUGUCCUGCAUCGCGGACUCACGUGUGAAGCACCGACUGAUGUCAGUGAAGUCUUCGAAAAGGUCACGCACAACGUAGGCAUACGGACGUGUUCAAAACAGGACAAGAAAUGGAAAGACGGCUCAAGCGUCCUGGUCUCUGAAUGCAUCGGCGGCAACUGGACGGAACUGAACGGCGGAUGCUCAGCGUAUAAAAAAAUCCUGGAAGACCCGAGCUGCGACCCAGCGGUUCGUCCGGCCGCCCCCGAGCUCUCCGUCGUCCUGUGGGAGGCGGACGCGGCCACAGUGUACGGAUGUGGCGGCGGUGCACUCUGGGGGUCCGGAAGCUUGGCCUUGGUGGUCCAGUGUGUCGAAGCGGCGUGGACGACCAUCGACGACUCUUGCACAGUGCCUUGUCCCGAAGGUUUCGUCAGCGUUCAAGGCGGGACUUCUUGCCUCUAUUUCUCCUCCGACGCCCCUUCCCUUGGCUUCGCUGGCGCUGCUCUGAGCUGCGGAAGGAAGAACGCAUCAUUAGCAAUAAUCAGGAGUGUGGCCGACCUCAGCACUGCACGUGUGGAUACUUUCUACUACACUGCUCAUAAUUUCAGAGGUGAUCCUUCACACAUGCCAUCAGUACCCAGUGUGGCUGACGGUAUAAGCUGCUAUGCUGAUUGUCAGGUUACAUCUGAGAAAGAGUGCGUGGCAGUGGCGGGCGAUGGAACGUAUCGAGUCCAGAGCUGUACUGAUUGGAACACCCACUUCGUCUGCAUGUUUCCAGCCUACUGUCCCGACGGUUACACGGAGUAUCUUGGCCAUUGUUACAAGGUCAACCCAGCUGGAUCUUCUGUAACGACGUCCUUGCAAGACUGUGCUAAGGAGGGAUCUGACCUUGCUUACCCAGAGAAUAUGCACACACUUCAGUUCUUAGCUGAUCUCGUGAGGGACUACGCUGGCGAGAGUAGCAGCGAAACUCUCCGAGGCUACUUGGGUGUAAACAGACUGUAA